AUGCAUUUUGUAGUUCGGAAAACUUAUCACCUAAAACAGCUGACGUCCUUUCAUAGCCGGCAGGGGAGGUUAUAAGUGAGGGAAAUCGUUGGCAGCGCACAGUUGUCUGCCACAAAAACCGCGUGUCGGUGCGGUCAUUCCUCAUAAUAAUAAUGAACGUAUUUUAAAAUACGUGCGUGUAAAUUUAACGCUUCGUAUAAAAAACAUGAAUUUUUUUUUGUGUCUUAAUCGACUGGUGUGCUAAUUGAAGAAAACAACUGAACAAGAUGCAGGGCGUUAUAGCAACAUUUAUUUUGUUUGCGACUUUACAAGUACUCCUUACGCUGGGAGACGACUUUGGAUAUGAUGGAAUCACAGGACCAAAUUACUGGGGCGAGAGAUAUCGAGAAUGCGCAGGCAAGCACCAGAGUCCUAUCAAUAUCAACAUUCUGCAUGUUAAACAUAUAAUUCUACCAGAUAUAGAGUUCAUCGGCUUUGAUGACUCGAUCGACGAUGUACACGUCACCAACAAUGGACACACAGUAUUAAUUGAAGUGAAGAAUGAACCUCAUCCGAGGGUUCGCGGUGGGCCUUUAGAUGGUGAUUACAUCUUCAGCCAGAUGCAUUUCCACUGGGGAGAUAACGACACGUUUGGCUCUGAAGAUACUAUCAAUCAUAGGAGUUUUCCUAUGGAAUUGCACAUGGUGUUCUUCAAAGAAGAGUAUGGAACCCCAACCAACGCAGUGAAGCAUCACGAUGGAUUAACAGUGCUAGCAUUUUUUUACGAGUUGGACCGUCAUCAGCAUCCAGCUUACGAUGAUAUAACAUCCGCAUUAGCGAAUGUAACCGAACCCUAUACUUCCGUGGCGAUGAGCCAUCCCUUUUCAUUCCUCAACAUUUUGCCUUACGAUUUGAAGAGGUACUUUACCUACAAGGGCUCAUUGACAACUCCGCCUUGUUCUGAAGUUGUCAUUUGGUUGGAUUUCGAGCAGCCUAUUAGAUUAACACACGAUCAGAUAGAAACGUUUCGUGAACUCAAGUCUGCACACGGAAAGAUCACUCAUAAUUUCCGACCAAUACAGCCAAUCGGUGACAGAAUUGUAUUUUAUAACAUUGACAACAGCUACUUUAGUUACAACACUAUAGAUGAAGAUGAAGAGGAACAUAAAGACACGCAUCCAAAACGAAAGAAGCAUCGCAAUAAUGCACAAAAUAUAUUAAGCAAUUAUACUUUAAUUUUAUGCAAUGUCUUGCUUUUAGUAUAUGGUAUUCACUUAAGUCCAUUAAUUUCAGAGGUCUCUUUCACGACUGAUUUCUAAAAUUAAAAUGCAAAGGUGAUUUUGCAUAAUAUUUCGUUUUGACACUCGGAUUUGUUAGCAGAGACCCAAUAGAACUAUGUAGUAUUAGGGAAAAUUAUAAAGACUGUUUGUGUAUUUUAUGUGAUAGUACAUUCGCCUAAAAUUUAAAUCGACAUUUUAAAUCACCUUGUAACGCAAUGUUAGUGGAGUUUGUGUGAUUUGGCUGUUGUUCACAAUGUUCACGUGUUUGUGUAGUUGAAAGAUAAGGUUUUGUUGAAGAUGUGAAUAAUAAUAAAAAAUGCAUAAUUAUAAAUUUGGAGAUAGUUCUGUAUACUUAAAAUAUUGUUUUAUUUAAAUUAUGAAGUUUAUUUUUAUUUAAUGCCAUUACGUUUACGUAUACAGGGUUUAUGGGAACAACUCAAAUCACCGUAGGCCUAUUUAAAUGUCUAGAACUACUAAUGAUUUAAUUAGAAUUAGUUUUAUGGCAACUAAUUUAUUAUUAUUAACAUAUAGUAAAAACUGUUAGAAAAUUGUUCCGUAAAGUAUAAAUCUGACUAUUACAUGUACAUACCUAUUUAAAAAGUGGUAGGAAUAAUUUAUUAUAUAAAUUAAUAGACUAACGAGAGAUAUCGUUUACAUAAUUACUAGUAUACUGUGAUAUUAAAAUACUUUGAGAUUAAA